AGAAUAUCCGGAUGACACAGCUCUUCCCGCCAUAGCGAAACUGGCAAGUUGCCAGACACGAUGAUGGACCAUGUCGACAUUGGCGAAGAAGCGCUAGCGAAUGUGAUGAAAAGAAUCAUGCCAAAGAUGGAUGCACGCACCGUCACGCUGAGCAAUCUACUGGAGCACAUUCAGCGAGCACUGGGGGCCGAGAAGGAAGACCUGAAGCCGUGGAAACCACUGAUCAAAGUGCUCGUUGGCGAACUGUUGCACCUUUGUCCCAACGGGGCGGAGGCCACGCCAACCAAAGGGGGCCAUGCAGCUGCGUCGUCCACGCCGGCAACACCAGCGACGACGCAGGCUGAUGAAGGCGACGACGAUGAGUCGGACGGCGAAAUCAAGCAUAGGAUUUCGCCCAUGCUCAAGGCCAAGUCAAAGCGCAUACUCUUGGACGACAGCGAUGAUGACAGCGACGGUGAAAACAUGCAUCCCAAUGUCGUGCAUGCGACACCUUCCGCAACCACGACCAAGCAACCGGCUACCAACGAGAGCGCUCCCACCUUACCGUUAAAACCGUCGGAUACCGACGACGACGACGAAGCAGACCGCGACAGUAAGUUCGUGCGUCGAUCUAAUGCAGGGACCAAGAGAGCGCGCAACGCCGUUGAGUCCUCUAGCGACGACGGCAGCGCAUCCGACGAUCCAUCGAUUGCUAUCGUUCGACAGAGGUCGACCAAAGCAACAGCAUCCAACAAGCAACGACUCUUGAAACGAUCACCGAAUUCGCCGUCGUCCACCACACGGAGUGCCGACGAGAGCGACGAGAGCGACGACGUCCGCAUUCCCACCAAGCGAAAGCCCAAAGCCAAGAAGUCAUACAGCAGUGACGACGACAGCAGCAGCCCCCGCCCCUCCAAAAGCCGUCGGACAUCGAAAGGAAAAACUCCGUCAACCAAGAAACAGCAACAGCGGGCGGCCCCUUCGUCUGCCAAGUCGUCCUCGACAGGGUUGGAAUCUCUCAAGCAACUUGCGAAAAUCGCAGGCGUGCUGGCGCCUGGACUGUACAAGAAACUCCGAGAUGCGACGUCCGUGGCCGACGCGGAAGGGAUUCUCAGGGAUCGGUUGGACCAGGUGGGGGUCACGUGGGGCGGCAAGUACCCCAAUCGAAAUGACAUGAAUGCGUUGAAGAAGAAGAAGGACUUGGAGCGGGAAUUGGAUGGCAUCGACACGAGAUUCAUCUUGGGGUCGUCGCGAAGUACCCGCCAGUCCAGAGGUGCCGCAGCAUUCACGCCCGCGGUGGCGAUAGCAGUCGAAAGCGAUGAGGCUGCGUCAGAAGCUUCGUUCGAUGCGGCCACAUUUGACAAGAGCGACGACGAGAACAAAGUGUAAUAUCACCUUGACAUUCAUUAUA